AUGGUCGCAGAUACCACCUACUACGAUGCGCUGGGCGUCCAGCCCACAGCCACCGAGCUGGAGAUCAAGAAGGCCUAUCGCAAGCUGGCCAUCGUGACACACCCCGAUAAGAACCCCGGCGAUGAGACCGCCCACGAACGCUUCCAACAGAUCGGUGAAGCAUACCAAAUUCUGAGCAACGAAGAUCUCCGCAAACGAUAUGACAAGUUCGGCAAGGAAGAGGCUCAGCCAAGUGGAGGUUUCGAGGACCCGUCCGAGUUCUUCAGCAUGAUCUUCGGCGGCGAGGCCUUUGUCGACCUGAUCGGCGAGAUCUCCCUCAUGAAAGACUUGACCGCGACGAUGGAUAUCACCAUGCAGGAGAUGGAGGAAGAGGAGUUGGCCCAGUCCGCCGAGGAGAAGUUGCAUGUCCAUGACGAGGAGGUCAAGGCCGGUGAAGCCGAACACCCCGCCGAGGGCUCCAGCGAUGCCGCCCCUGCCUACACGGAGAAGCCAUCUGCGUCGGAAUCCACAUCCGCCUCCACCCCCGCCGGUCCUGAGAAAGCCUCGGCUUCAACUACCUCUGCGCUGAUGGACCGAUCCGAGGAGGAGGCGCGCAUGGAUGCAGCUGGUCUGUCCCAGGAAGAGAAGGAGCUUCGCAAAAAGGAGAAGAAGAAGGGUCUGUCGAAGGAGCAGCAGGAGCGUCUUGCGGCCUUUGAGGAGGAGCGGAAAAAGGCCCGCGAGGAACGUGUCAACACUCUCGCCAACAAGCUGGUGGACCGCCUCAGUGUGUGGACUGAGACUGAUAAGAACGUCGAUGUCACCCACGCUUUUGAAGAGAAGAUCCGAUUGGAGGUGGAGAACUUGAAGAUGGAGUCCUUCGGUCUGGAGAUCCUCCACGCUGUCGGUGCGACAUAUGUGCAGAAGGGUACUUCGUUCUUGAAGUCACAGAAGUUCCUGGGUAUCUCGGGAUUCUUCUCGCGUCUCAAGGACAAAGGCACUCUGGCCAAGGAGACCUGGACCACCAUCUCCACGGCUAUCGAUGCUCAAAUGACCAUGGAGGAAAUGGCCAAGAUGGAGGAGCGUGGCGGCGAAGACUGGACUGAUGAGAAGCGGGCCGAAUAUGAGAAGAAGGUCACCGGCAAGAUCCUGGCUGCGGCCUGGAGAGGUAGCAAGUUCGAGAUCCAGAGCGUCCUGCGCGAGGUCUGCGACCAAGUUCUGGGUGACAAGCGCAUCCGUCUGGAGAAGCGGGUGGAGCGUGCUCACGCUCUGGUCCUGGCUGGUAACAUCUACGCCAAGGCUGCGCGUGACCCCGAAGAAGAGGGCGAUUACAUGGCGUUCGAGCAGUUGAUGGCGGACUCGAUGAAGAAAUCCGAAACCAAGGAUAAGAAGAAGAAGGAGAAGAAGAAGCACAGCCACGAUGAGACCGAGGCAGAGGAGAAGCCGGCGGUUUAG